CUUCGCCUUUAACGUACCACUCAGAUACAGAUUCUUCUCCAUUCCCAUUUCUGUCUUCGCUUUCACUCAUUGCUUCUCUCUCUCAACACACUUUCCCUCUUUUUCUUCCUCUCUCUCCCUAUGUGUUCUUCCCUCCCUGCUUCUCUCUUCACUUCUUCCUCGGCCUUUUGCUUCUCUUCUUGAUCGCCGUUCGCUUCAAUUCUCUGCUCUCAGUGAUAUAGUAUGCUUCAAGAAGCUUCAACAAAAGCCGAGGGAGAACUUGAAGUUAGCUUUGGUUAUAAAUGCAAUGAUAACAUAGAUGGAAUUGAGGUUUCCGACAAAUUCGAGAUCCAGCCUGGACUUCGAAGGAUCAGCAGUUUCUCUUGCUUAUCUGGGGCUGCUUUGAGUGCAAAUGCAACCUUAGCUAACACAAAUAUAUGCAAUGGGUUGAUAGGAGUAGAAAUACUUCCGACCUGGGACUCUCCUAACUCCUUCCGUAAGGUGCCCUCAUCACCUACUCUUUCAAGGUUGGAUAUAUUGUCAACGUCUCUGCAGAGUAGUCUGUCAAACUUAAGUUGCAGUCCAUCUACCCCAACAUCUGAAUAUGAUUCAUGCUUGUUAAAGUCCACGAGUGCUCCUUCCGGAAGUGAUGGUUUUCUUAAUGUUAAGGAAUUGCAAGUGGCAGGUGGAGCUGCUGGUGAGGACAGGGUCCAAGCUGUUUGUUCCGAAGAAAAUGGAUGGCUGUUUUGUGCAAUUUAUGAUGGUUUUAAUGGAAGAGAUGCAGCUGAUUUUCUUGCUGGGACAUUGUAUGAAACCAUCGUAUUUUAUUUUAGCCUACUAGAUUGGGGUGCCAAGAGUGAAACCUCGGAUAUUUUGGACAUGGAUAAUUCACAUCUUGAUGAUAGUAGCAUUACUCAGGGAAGUUUUUCUACUUUGAGAAACAAUAGUAAAAGUGCUUCAGGAAUCAACAAUAUAUCUGAGAAACGUUCACAUGCCAAAGCAGGAAUGGCAAACUAUCCUCUAAGGCAUGGGGUGCUAGAUAGCCUCCAGCGUGCUCUUAGUCAAACAGAGAAUGAUUUUCUGCACAUGGUUGAACAGGAAAUGGAGGAUCGUCCUGAUUUAGUUUCUGUUGGAUCUUGUGUUUUAGUUGUUCUUCUUCAUGGAAAGGAUUUAUAUACAUUAAAUUUGGGUGAUAGUAGAGCAGUACUGGCUACUCUUGAUGAAGGUGCAAUGAGAGGGAAUAGGGGACUGAAAGCUGUCCAGCUCACUCAGAGUCACACUGUGGAUAAUGCACUUGAAAGAGCGAAGUUACAAUAUGAUCAUCCUGAUGAUCCCACAAUCAUUGUUGGUGGGAAAGUCAAAGGAAAACUGAAGGUGACUCGUGCUUUUGGAGUUGGCUACUUGAAGACGAAAAAGUUUAAUGAUGCUUUGAUGGGUAUUCUUCGAGUUCGUAACCUAAUAAGCCCUCCCUAUAUUUCUACUCAACCGGCAUUGUCUGUCCAUAGGAUAUCAAAAUCAGAUUGCUUUGUAAUAGUUGGCAGUGAUGGUUUAUUUGACUUUUUUGGCAAUGACGAGGCAGUGAACCUUGUCCAUUCAUAUAUCUUGAGCAACCCAACUGGUGAUCCUGCAAAAUAUUUACUGGAGCAGCUCUUAUUGAAAGCUGCUGAUUGCGCAGGUUUUAGCAAGGAAGAAUUAAUUACCAUUCCAGCCGGAAGAAGAAGGAAAUAUCACGAUGAUGUAACUGUUAUUGUAAUCAUCCUUGGAACAAAUCAGCGCACCACAAGGGCAUCUACUAGCAUUGAUGGCUCCUAAAUUAAGUUUUACACGCAAACUGAUUGGUCCAAGACGCACUGAAGACUAGGAAAGAAAAUGUCCUUAGAAUGCAAAUAGUACCGCUUUCUUCUGAAUUGUUUGGGUCCUAGAUAAUGGAACAACUCUGGUAAUUACGUACUAUUUUGAUUUGUUCUGAUAAUAUGAGCUUGUUACCAUUUUCUUGUUUGACCCUUCGCUGAAUUUGCUUUAGAUAUGCUAAUAACAGACAGGGAUUUGGAUUUGAGUGGGGGCAUGUUAGAGUAAGAACCAAAAAUGCUUAAUGCUGUCCACAUUUUCUUAGUAUGGAUUUACAAAGUUUACAUGUAUGAAUUCAUUUGUUCUAAAUAGAAGAAAUAUCUCAGGCUGCAUAAUGUUAAACCAAUGAACUAUGGUGAUGAACUUGAAAUUGAAUAAUUUUAUAGAUUACUCCUAGUCAGAGUCAUUAGAAAGCUUCUGCAAAAAGUUUUCAUUUGACGGAGAACACAAUAACCCUAAAGUACUUUUCACCCAAAAAAUUAGAAGCACCC